AUGUCUGCUGUUGCCAGAUCAGUCCGCCCCUUCGCCUCCCGCGUGCUCUCCCAGAAGCUCCCUCUGGCCGGAGUCCGCAGGGUGUCGCCAGCAGCUGGUUUCCCGCGGGGAAGUGUCAGGAGCUUCUCGCAAAGCCCAUUCAUGGAGGUGAAGAAGUACACCGAGUCUCACGAAUGGAUUGAAUUGGCCGAUGACGGCAAGACUGCCAAAAUCGGAAUCACAGAGUACGCCGCCAAGUCCUUGGGCGACGUCGUGUUCGUUGAGCUCCCCGAAGUUGACCUAGAAGUCAAUGCCGGCGAGCCCGUCGGAGCUGUCGAGUCUGUCAAGUCGGCCUCGGACGUCCUCUCUCCCGUCGCCGGUAAGGUGAUUCAGGGUAACGCUAUCUUGGAGGACAAGGCCAAGUUUAUCAACGAGAGCCCCGAGGCUGACGCCUGGAUCGCCGAGAUCGAGGUCAGCGAUGCUUCAGAGCUCGACGGUCUGCUAGAUGCUGCGGCCUACAAGGAGACUAUCGACGAGGAAUAA